ACACGCAACACAUCCACACCGCCGAAGCCCAUGGAGUGCAGAAGCGCUGGGAUUAUCUGUGUGCUGGACGCGCUUCUGCUCUGCUGAAAUGUGUGUGUGCGUGAAAGCACGGGAGAGAAAGUGUGUGUGCGAGCGUGUGAAGGUGUAUACCUCCAACAAGUAAAGACAGAGGAAUUAUUCUGAGGCAUCGAAAUAUUUCAACACGUCUCUUUGGCAGGACUUGGUCUGGACGAUCUGAUUAUUAAAGGAAUGUCUACUUUACAGACAGCUGAAGGACGCGUAAAUACGCCGCGAGUUGACACACAGCCUCCUUCAUUUUAGUAGUUUUAUUAUUAAAUAUAUUUAAUUUAUUUCAUUGCUCGGUGACGAAAGACAACGAUUAAUGGAUAGCUGUUUCUCACGACACUUUGCUGGAAUUCACAGUUAGGAGAACCGCAGAUUUUAGCGACUCUACAUCCAGACGAUCGAUUUAAGGAACACUGCACAUCUGCAAUCUGGACUUCCCGAUGAGAGAUCCAGUUAUCCAGGGAUCCAGUAUGGCAUAUCACCCGUUUUUACCUCACCGGGGUCCGGAGUUUGCCAUGAGUGCAAUGCUGGGUCACCAGCCGCCUUUCUUCCCGGCCCUGGCACUGCCACCCAACGGCUCGCUGUCGCUGCCCGGGGCGCUGGGCAAACCCAUCAUGGAGCAGCUGAUGGGCGCCGCGGAGACCGGCCUGCACUUCUCCUCGCUGGGACACCAAGCCGCGCAUCUCCGGCCUCUGAAGACACUGGAGCCCGAGGAGGAGGUCGAAGACGAUCCGAAAGUUCACCUCGAAGCCAAGGAACUCUGGGAGCUUUUUCACAAGCGCGGCACCGAGAUGGUCAUCACCAAAUCGGGAAGGCGAAUGUUCCCUCCGUUUAAAGUCAGAUGCACGGGCUUGGACAAAAAGGCCAAAUAUAUUCUGUUGAUGGACAUAGUUGCCGCUGAUGACUGCAGGUAUAAAUUUCACAACUCUCGCUGGAUGGUGGCAGGAAAGGCUGACCCCGAAAUGCCAAAACGGAUGUACAUUCACCCCGACAGUCCGGCCACUGGCGAGCAAUGGAUGUCUAAAGUCGUCAAUUUUCACAAACUUAAACUGACAAAUAACAUCUCCGACAAGCAUGGAUUCACGAUACUAAACUCCAUGCACAAAUACCAGCCAAGAUUUCACAUCGUGAGAGCCAACGACAUACUGAAACUCCCCUACAGCACGUUCAGAACCUACGUGUUCCCAGAGACAGACUUCAUUGCUGUCACUGCCUACCAGAACGACAAGAUCACACAACUGAAAAUUGAUCACAAUCCUUUUGCAAAAGGAUUCCGUGACACUGGAAAUGGGAGACGCGAAAAAAGGAAGCAGCUGGCUCUGCAAUCGAUGCGUUCAUAUGAGGAGCAGCAGAAAAAAGAAAACGGGACGUCAGACGAUUCCUCAGGCGAGCAGGCGUCCUUCAAGUGUUUUCGCCAGGCUUCAUCUCCUGCUGUCUCCACUGUUGGACACAAUCAUUUAAAAGAUUUCUGUGACAGCGAUGAAGACAGCGAUGAGGAAGACAAAGAUGCGAACGCGAAAGAAGGGCCAGACUCCAGCAAAAUCUCCACCACCACCGAGGACUCCAAGGACCAGGACGCGGGUUUGGGUAAGAGUGUGUUCGGCGAGAGCGACUCUUCUUCGGGCCGCAGGAGCGAGAAGACCCGCGCGGACUCUCGGAGCCCGAUCACCCUCAUCUCCAGCACCACCCGCUCCGGAGAAGAGCUCAAGAGUCCGGCCAGAGAACCGGCCAAAUCUACAGACGACUGCCGGACAGUGAGCAAGGAAAAUUACAUGCCAUUGACUGUCCAAACAGAUGGCGCAGCGCACUUAAAUCAAAACCACUUGCACAAUUUCGGAUUUCCGCCGGGUUUGGCCGGGCAGCAGUUUUUCAAUCACUUGGGUGGUGCCCAUCCUUUCCUCCUCCACCCCAGCCAGUUCAACAUGGGAGGCGCUUUCUCCAAUAUGGCCGCAGGGAUGGGCCCCAUACUGGCCGCGGUGUCCUCCGGAGGGGUCGGCUCAUUAGACGGGUCCAGCCUGCCCUCGCCCUCCCAGAGCCUCGCCGGAGCCCCGAUGCCGUUUCAUCUUCAGCAGCACGUGCUGGCGUCUCAGGGUCUAGCCAUGUCUCCGUUCGGGGGUCUGUUCCCGUACCCCUACACGUAUAUGGCCGCCGCUGCAGCUGCUUCAUCCGCCGCCUCCUCCUCGGUGCACCGGCACCCGUUUCUGAGCGCCGUGCGGCCCCGGCUGCGGUACAGCCCGUACUCCUUACCGAGUGUCCCCGACAGCACUUUGCUCACGACGGCGAUGCAGCCCAUGGCGAGCAGCGGGCUCGAGGUGAAGGGCGACGGCAUAAACACCAGCCCCGCUUCCGCUGCUCUAGACUCAGAGGUCACCAGCCGCUCUUCCGGUUCUGUUUCCCUGUCACCGAAAACCUGCACCGAAAAAGAUUCGAGCUCCGAGCUGCAGAGCAUCCAGCGCCUGGUGAGCGGACUGGAACCGAAGCCGGACCGAGCCCGCAGUGUGUCCCCGUAGACUGGCGAGCAAUAACACACGACAUUAUACAACCGUUUACAGCACGGAGGAAAAACAGGCUGAGAAUGCACUUUGAUAAAGAAUAAAAUAAAAUAAAAUAAACACGACACGAUGAUCAUCUGUUAACGGCACAGCUCACACAGAAGGACACAUCUCUCAUCAUUUACUCCAGUUCACAUGUUUUAAACCUGUAUGAGUUUCUUCUUCCUAAUGUAGAUAGUUUGAAGAAAGUUGAAAACCGGUAACCACUGACUUUCUUCUCCUUCAGCAGAAGUUUUCAGCUUUCUCCAAAAUAUCUUCGUUUGUGUCUCAUUAUAGUGAGGAAAGAAACUCAAAGGUUUGGAUCUAUUUAAGGGUGAGCAAUAGUGAGUACACGCUCAUAUGUGUGUGAAAUAACCCUUUAAAUUAACACAGAAACUUUGAUUUCCCCCAGCUAUAUCUGAAUACCACUGAAGUAUUGAACAGUUUGGCGAGAGACUGAAUGAAGCUGCUCUUCUGUAUGUUUAAUUUAAUUUAAUAAGCACUCUGAAUAGGUUCUGACUUCAGCUGACACCACUUUAUCAGAUGUGUGAACGCGUUCCCACAGUCAUCAGACAUGAGCAGAGCUCCUGAAUGCAUCAUUUUAAUAAUACUUUGUAAUGUGACCGAGUAAAUUCUCAAGUACUUCUUUCAGUCUAUAUAUAUAUAUUGCUUUUUAUUUAAUUCUUAAAUUAAGGAAGGCAGUCUAGUCAAACAAAUAUUUAGUUUUAAUCUCUGUCCAAAGACCACUGAUUCAUUAUUUGAUUAUCUGUGCGGUACUAAAAUUGUAAAGUCCAGCUUGGAGAUAAACUGGGGAAAGGGAUCAUAUGGAUCGAGGAUGGAUCAUAUGGUUAUAAUAAAAUGUAAAUAACGAUAUAUAUAUAUAACAUAUUUAUGUAAUUAUUUCAUAAGAAUAUUGCCUGUAAAUAUAACUGAGGUUCAUUGUUUAUUUGUUUGUUUGUUUGAAGGAACUUAAUUUAUUGUUGACAUUAAUGUAAAAUAGUUUGUGAGCAUUUUCCUUGUUGAUUGCGUCCUCCAGACUCUAGAUUCACCCGUAACACCACAGCGCCGGUUUCUCUGGCGGAAAAAAUAAUGUGCCAUCGUUUUGAUUAACUGUUGUGUGUUUAAGUGCUUUGGUUCAAACAAAUUAAAGACGUUAACACCA